AUAGAUUCGACUUCCGGUUUAAGCUCUUUCCGUUUCCAUAAAUAAUUCCAAAGUUCGUUUGCAAAAUAGUUGUUUUCGUACCUGUUUUUUACAUUUGGCGUGAUGUAGGGUACUACAUUUUACUUUACGGUAUUAUUUGAUAUACUUAUAUGUAUUUCAGCAAAACAGAAUAGAUGUGGAAAUCAGUGAUCAAACAUCUCUUAUCGUGAUAACUUGCAAAAUGUCAAUGGCAAAUACUGAACGUAAUCUAAAGCACUUAUUUGAUGGUACCGAGUGGAAUGUUUACGACGGCAGUGUUCUUAAUUUGGGCGUAGGUGCACCAGGUCCAGAUCUUUUGGAAAAUUGCUGCGAUAUCUUUGAAAAAGCUACAAGCCAUCGACUAAAAUAUGAAAAGGAAAAAAAUUUAUCUUAUCUAUUUCAAUACGGAGCCACUAGUGGACCAGUAGAAACACGUAAUGCAAUCGCUACAUAUUUUAGUUCUCUGUAUGUUGAUAACCCCGUAAAAAGCGAAGACCUCAUAAUUACGACGGGUGCAACGCAAGGGUUACAUUUCGUCUUAUCUACACUGAUCGAUUUUAAUGGUAUAAUUUUCAUUGACGAAGUUACUUAUAUGAUCGCACUUGAUACUAUUAAACAAUUCACAACUCUCACGGUUAUUCCAAUUAAACUUAAUAAGGAUGGAGUUGAUGUGAAGCAACUUGAGCAAGUCGUUCAGGAAAAGCGCUUUCAGUCUAAAACAAAAACUUUCUGGGCAAUGUAUUACACUAUCCCCAUCUACCAUAAUCCUACUGGCAUUGUAUUCUCUGAAGCCAUUUGUCAAACACUUGUUGAUUUAGCCAAAAAGUAUGACUUCUUAAUACUCUGUGAUGAUGUCUACAAUAUUCUUAACUACACAAGUAAACUGCCAUCUAAACGCCUGUUUUCGUAUGACAAAGGUGCCGGAAAUAUAAUUUCCAAUGGUAGCUUUGCAAAGAUAAUCGGACCAGGCGUACGUGUAGGAUGGCUUGAGCUUCCUCCCCGUUUAAAACCUAUAUUAGAAAAAUCUGGGUAUAUAAACAGCGGCGGAUGCUUUAAUAAUUACACUGCUGGUAUAUUAGCCAGCCUUUUCGAGAUGAAAUUGGCACAAACGCAUAUUGAGAAAAUGAAAUGCGCAUACAAAGAACGAAUGUUACAUACGUGCAAAGUCCUUGAGCUUAAUUUACCGAGCAGCUGCGAAUGGACUCAACCUCAAGGCGGAUAUUUCAUUUGGAUUACUUUACCGUCAUAUGCAGAUGCAAACAAAUUAUUGAAAUUAUGCUUGCAAGAUGAACACAUAUUUUUUCUAGUAGGAUCUCGUUUCGCAUACAAUCCUGCAAUCGCAAAUAAUUGUUUACGUCUCUCCAUUUCAUUUCAUAGUAAAGAAAAAUUAGUUGAGGGUGCUAAACGCUUUUGCUCCGUUUUGAAAUAUUUUUUGAAAGAAGGAAAGUGAAAUAUUGUAAUUGAUAAAUUGAUAUUUUUAAGUUAAUUACCAUACUCUGGUUUGAACAUACGGUUUCUUCUAAAGUAAAUAAAUAUUGCUAUGAUUUAUUAUUUA